AUGGGAAGUACUCUGACUGCAGGGGAAACAUCUGCUAGUCCUUGGCUCUCACCUUCUGACGAAUUUGCAUUCGGGUUCCAGAAAGUUCAGGAUAAGGAUCUGUUCUUGUUCUCGAUAUGGUAUGAUAAGAUACCAGACAAAACUGCAGUUCGGUUUGUUUAUUCAACGAAUCCAGUGCCACGAGGAUCGACUGUAAAGCUUGAUCCUCAGACAGGGCUUGUGCUCCGUGACCCUCGAGGCUUGCAACUUUGGAGUGCUAAUCCUAGUCAAGUUGAUCAUGGUUUUAUGAAUGAUACAGGCAAUUUCAUCCUCAAGGGGAGUGACGAUAGCUGGCUCUGGGAAAGCUUUAGAUUUCCCGCUGAUACAAUAUUGCCAUAUCAAGAUUUGGUAACUGGCGAUUCUCUCUGUUCUCGACAGUCAGCAACAAACUUCUCCCAAGGAAGGUUUUAUCUCCGUUUUCGUGAUCACGGGAAUCUAGUGCUUGUUACCAGGAGUGUGCCAACGAACGUGGAUGAUGAAGCUACCUACUACAAUAGUCUGACUUCUGAUUCUACAGAUGCAUUCAAUUCUGGUUACCAAGUUACUUUUGAUGGCGGAGGAGCGAUAAUUGCUGGAGAAAAGGGGAGUGAAGCUUGUGGAUUUAACAGCGUUUGCCACCUCGAACAUGGAAGACCAUUACGGCAGCUGCAAGCCAAAACUUCUCUUGGCUGUGGUGAAGUAGAGGAGGGCUCUGCCGAAAACCUGUAUGAUUUUGAGGUUGUCAAUGACAUAGAUUGGCCACUUUCUGAGUUUGAAAGAAUAAAUCCUUCAAAUGAAACAGUGUGUCAACAAGCUUGCUUGCAGGAUUGUUUCUGUGCUGUGGCCAUUUUCAAAGACAACAGCUGUUGGAAGAAGAAGCUGCCACUUUCUAAUGGGAGUAUAUCCAAAUCCUCCAGCAUCAAUUGUUCCUCAAGGUUUUCAAGUAGAAUCAAAGCCAAAGGACCGAGGCACCUUGAUACUUGUGGGAUCUAUCCUUCUUGGCACCUCUUUCUUGGUAAACUUGACAUUCAUUACCAUUUCUUGUCUGGGUGUUUACCUCAUAUACCAGAAAAAGAAGAUCAUACCUUGCAUAUUUUUCCAUACAAAGAGCUUGUUGAAGCUACCAACGAAUUCAAAGAUGAGUUGGGUAGGGGAUCAUUUGGCAUUGUGUAUAGAGGUGAGUUACAAAUCAGUUCCAAAAGCAGUAUUGUUGCUGUCAAGAAGUUAGACAGAGUGGCUAAAGAUGCUGAGAAGGAAUUUCGAGCUGAAGUGAAAGCAAUUGGUCAGACUAACCACAAGAAUUUGGUCCGUCUGCUUGGAUUCUGUGAUGAAGGACAACAAUCUCUAUUGGUGUAUGAGUAUAUGAGCCAUGGAACUCUUGCAAGAUUGCUGUUACAUGAUCCAAAACCUAGUUGGAAUCUAAGGAUCCAAAUUGCUAUCGGGAUUGCAAGAGGACUUGUGUACCUUCAUGAAGAGUGCAGAACUCAGGUUAUCCAUUGUGACAUAAAGCCGCAAAAUAUACUUCUGGAUGAACAUUUCAAUGCUCGGACUUCCGACUUUGGACUGGCAAAACUUUUGAUGAUCAAUCAGAGUCGACCAAUGACUAGUAUCCGAGGAACAAAAGGAUAUGUUGCUCCUGAAUGGUACAGGAACACCCAAAUCACUGCAAAGGUUGAUGUUUAUAGUUUUGGUGUCUUGUUACUAGAGAUCAUUUCUUGCCGCAAAUGUGUGGAGGACAUUGAAAACAUUGGUGAAGGAGAAAACCCAAUUUUAUCUGAUUGGGCUUGGGAUUGCUUUCAAGAAGGAAGAUUUGAUAAGUUUGUUGAAAAUGAUUCAGAGGCUCUAGAAGAUAAAAUGAUGCUAGAGAGAUUUCUGAUGGUUGCUUUACGGUGCAUCCAAGAAAGCUCAUCUCUUAGGCCUAAAAUGAGGAAGGUAAGCCUGAUGCUUGAAGGAAUUGUGGAAGUUAUGGUGCUCCCGUGUCCCUAUCCUUUUUCUACCAAGAGCUGA